CUUCUGGGAGCAUCCCUAGGAGGGAGGCAAGGAAGGAAGCAAGGAAGACCCGGGCCUGGAGGCCGCCGGGCUCCUGGGUGGCCCCGUGCUGUCCCCACACUUCUCCUCGGGGCUCUGCCAUGGACUGAGACAUGAGCCACCGCUGGGAUUGCCCGCAGGUCACCGUGCAAGAGCCCCCGCUCGACUUCUCCUUCAAGGGCAUCAACUUCAUCCAAGAUUUGGUGAGCGAGGAGCCGCGGGAAGGCCCGAGGCCCCUCAGACGCUCGCCCGAGGGGAAGGCCCUGACCCAGGCCCUGCGUCUCAAUAACAACGCCCUCAGCGACAUGAACGAUCUCAGCCAGACCCUGACGCAGCUGCUGGAGAGGCCCCAGGACCUGGCCUGGAUCGACCUGUCCUUCAAUGACCUCAGCAACAUCGAUCCCAUCCUGACCGCCUACUCCAACCUGAGCAUCAUCUAUCUCCACGGCAACUGCAUCCAGCGACUGGGCGAGGUGGACAAGCUGGCAGCCCUACCCCUCCUGAGGAGUCUGACGCUGCACGGGAACCCCAUCCAAGAACAGAAGGGCUACAGGCAGUACGUGCUGUCCGCCCUGCCCCACCUCACCACCUUCGACUUCAGCGGCGUCACCGGGCAGGAUCGAGCCACGGCCCUGCUUUGGAAGCAGAUGAACCACAGGCCCAAGAAGGUCAAGAUCAAGCACCCGGACUGACCACCCCAGGCCGGCCCGAGCUCAGCUCCCCCCAGGAUGACCCCUCCGUAGGCAAUAAAGGGCUUCCGCGCCCACCCCUGUGGCA